AUGGAGAUUAGCCUCCCAUUCGAUGUGGAAAACUCUUUUAGGGCACGCCUGCAGAAGGGCCACCCAACCCAAGCCCCCAUCGUAGGAGGCAUGUAUGCACCCCGGCUGCACAAAAUGGAAAAAGCCCACAGGCAUCAACCACAUCACACACGCGUGCAGCCCCCUGACUUGGCUGAUAACGCAGAAAAGCAGCACCAGGAUGAAGCAGAGGUCGGGGGGCCAAGUGACCGUUGCCUUUCUAACAGCGUGUCCCCAGCUGACUCCUGGAGGCAUAUGCGUUUGCGCAUUGCCCUCGCUGUGUUUCUUCCAUCCCUGCACCAAGCCAGGAAGGCGUUCAAGACCUUGGACUUUCAGGAUAGGUCACCCUGUGUCAUAAAGGUUUUGAAGAAGCCCACAUUCGCUCUUCUUAAUAUCGAGUGCCUGCACCCAUUACCCCCUGGCCCUGGGCGGCCCCCCGACCCACCUUGCACUGCGGGCCUGGAGCCCGGGAGCGAGGACUCCACACUUGGGGCUCUGCGCGACUCAGUGGGCACUGCUGCCCUCUGCUGGGAGUCUCGAGAAACAGCGCACUCCCUACCCUCCACCAGGCUGAUUUUCAGAAGAAAGGAGCUGAAUACCUCUGAAACCCUCCAACUCCCCGCCUACGCCGUGCGCCCUGCCAGGAAAAGCUCCAAGAAAGCACUCAGAACUUCUCAUGCCAGGACCUCUCCUCAGCCAGAGGUAGACGUCCACCUGCAAUUCACAGUACGGCACCCAGGGUCCUGCAUCUCCAAGAUCAGCCCCUCCCAGGGGUGCUAUGGGUGGGACUGGAGCUAUGACAGUGGGUAUGGCACUCAUCACAAGAACAGCCAGCAGGGCCGGUACAGGGAGCAGCGCGUCCAGCAGAGGACGCCGCUGGCGGAGGCUGACCCGGGACCGGAAGCCGGGCCGGAGGCUGCCGGCGCGCUCGCCGACUCCUCCCGCUUCCGCUGCCGCAGCCGCCGCGGAUCAGCGCCGAGUUGCCGUCCGCCUUCAGCCGCUACCCCCGCCGCCGAGCCGCUGGAGAACCUCGAGGGAGGUCUGCCCAAGAACCCCGACCUGCGCAUCGCGCAGCUGCGUUUCCUGCUCAGCCUGCCCGAGCACCGCGGAGCGACGGCCGUGCGCGACGAGCUGAUGGCGGCCGUCCGGGAUAAGCUUUUUUGGAACAGAAGCCGGCCGGAGGCAAACAGGAUUGCCCUGUCCCCAGCCAGGACUGGCUUCGAUGCCAACCUCCCAGCAGCAGGCGUUUACGUUUCGCCAGGCCCUUCGCCGGGCUCUGUCCCGUUCCUUCCCGGUGACGGGGAGGACAGCGGCUCGUGCGAGACGAAGAGGGGGGUGGGCACGGACCUGAGGGUACCAGGGGCGCCCGCUCGUAAGUCACGGCCCUCUCUUUGGCUCGCAGACAUGGCUCCUUAUUACGAAGCCCUGUGCAAAUCCCUCGACUGGCAGAUGGAUACAGACCUGCUCAGUAAGAUGAAGAAGGCGAAUGAGGAAGAGUUGAAACGUUUGGACGAGGAGCUGGAAGAUGCAGAGAAGAAUCUGGGAGAGAGCGAAAUCCGGGAUGCCAUGAUGGCGAAGGCCGAGUACCUGUGCCGGAUAGGUGACAAGGAGGGUGCUCUGACAGCCUUUCGCAAGACAUAUGACAAAAGUGCCUUGGGUCACCGACUGGAUAUUGUGUUUUAUCUUCUUAGGAUUGGCUUAUUUUAUAUGGAUAAUGAUCUCAUCACACGAAACACAGAGAAGGCCAAAAGCUUAAUAGAGGAAGGAGGAGAUUGGGACAGGAGAAACCGCCUAAAAGUAUAUCAAGGUCUUUACUGUGUGGCUAUUCGUGAUUUCAAACAGGCAGCUGAACUCUUCCUUGACACAGUUUCAACAUUUACAUCCUAUGAACUUAUGGAUUAUAAAACCUUUGUGACUUACACUGUCUAUGUCAGCAUGAUUGCCUUAGAAAGACCUGAUCUCCGGGAAAAGGUGAUUAAAGGAGCAGAGAUCCUGGAGGUGUUGCACAGCCUUCCGGGUCGGCAGUAUCUGUUUUCCCUCUAUGAAUGCCGUUACUCGGUUUUCUUCCAAAGUAUUUCUGUUGUGGAACAGGAAAUGAAAAAGGACUGGCUUUUUGCUCCUCAUUAUCGAUACUAUGUAAGAGAAAUGAGAAUUCAUGCAUACAGCCAGCUGCUGGAAUCCUAUAGGUCAUUAACUCUUGGCUAUAUGGCAGAAGCCUUUGGUGUUGGUGUGGAAUUCAUUGAUCAGGAACUCUCCAGAUUUAUUGCUGCAGGGAGACUACACUGCAAAAUAGAUAAAGUAAAUGAAAUAGUGGAAACCAACAGACCUGAUAGCAAGAACUGGCAGUACCAAGAAACUAUCAAGAAAGGAGAUCUGCUACUAAACAGAGUUCAGAAACUUUCCAGAGUAAUUAAUAUGUAAAACCAUGUAAACCAAGGAUUUCCUUUAGAGAUAACUAUUUGGAAUUUUUAUAGCUUACUUUACUAUGUGCCCAGUUCAACUGUAUAAAAUAAACACUGCAUUGUUGUUUCUUUCGA